CUUCUCAGGGGCCGGGGAAUACUUGAUUUCAAUCCAAAUACCUUGGAUUUUGUCCGUUCUGUCAAGGUGGGAGAGUGUUUCUUCGAGGUUGCCGAAGUAAGUGGUUUGAAUUCGACGACGAAAAUGGGCGGAAUGGAUGGCUUUUUGUCACAACGUUUUCAAGGUAAACAGCCUACGUAUAUACGCAUUUCGGAUAGAAAUAUAGGUUUCGCGUUUCUUGUUGUUGCUCUAUUAAAAAAUUUAUUCUAAGUGUUGAAUGCAAAAAGGGACUGAGGAGCAUAUUACACACUGUUCAAUAUUAGACAAAUCUUUCGUAGUAGCUGCCCUGACAGUUCUUGAUGAAUCACGUGACUUUUAGGGCAGCAGCGAAUAAUGCAUUACUUAUUUUUAUCGUCCUUUUGUAUGAUUAAGGUUACUUUCCACCCUCAGAGGCCGAAAAAAUCGAUUUUUCUUUUAUUUGAAAAAACUGAAUACAAACAUUAAACCUAACAUUAUCAUUUAAAAAAAUAUCUGAAAUCUUUAAAAGCACCCGACUUAUUUAGAACAACGUAUUUUCAAAUAAAAGGUAAGAUAUCAGGAAGGUGUCAUAAUCUCUGACCUGGGCGAGUCCCUAGGGGGAAUUUUCGCGGCAACCGCUCGGGGCUCGACUUUCAUGUUAUUUCUAUAUUUUGUUUUCAUCGCGCACUUUACAAAAUUCACGCGUGGAAGCUCUUUGUUUAUGGAAAACCUUUGCUCGUGGAAAAAUCAAAAGCGUAAGAAAGUCCUCGGAAAAAAAAACCAGACGCAAAGAAGAAAGAAAGGGUACCACUCUGUCAGGUAAAGAAAAAAAAAUCCUUUGUGAAAGCGACUUGUGCUAGCGGAGCUUUCACGCUGGCUUCCAGAUUUCGAACAAAGAAGUCGUUGUCAAUCCAAAAUUUGACGUACAUGAUGUUGAAAACGAGGUUACCUUUUCUUUAUGCAAGUACCAGCCUUGAUACAAAAACAUCAACAAUUGCCUCGAAUCGUAAUUUUAAAGCUGUAUGUCGAUUUGUUGUCUUGCUCCUCAGCUCAUUUUGCGGGUUUUCCAUUUUUGCCGCGGGGUUUCCUUUGCCUUUGGCAACUUUGCUCGUUAUUGUAACGUCCUCCUCAACGCUCCACUGAGCGAUCGAGAUAAAAAAAAAAAAGUGUUUGAAAUGGGUUACUUUUCCCGGGAAAUCUUGAUCCGUCGUCAUUGACGCCAGGAGGUCCUAUCGUCCUAUUGGUUUGCGGUUUCAGGAGGCGAGAUAAUCUCCUGACGUGGCGCGGGUUGUUUGCGAACCUUUAUGAGCUAAAAUCUCGCAUUUGAUUUUGAGAGGAAUACAACCACUAUGAGCGAAUUUAUAGGGUAUAUAGAUUUGACCGAUUUUCGUCAAAUUUCGCCAAAACAUCUUAGUAAUAAUGACAAACGAAAAUAUGUCGGGAAAUUUUGAUAAUUGAAAUAUUUGUUCUGUGGCGUCCAUUUACGCAACACGACUCGCAUAUUUUUAGCUACUCCAACUUUAGAUGCCUAUAUCUGCAGAACCAAUCAAAAUAUCGAAAAAGCCCGACAUACUUUUUACGAUUGAUGCCUUGUGAAUGAGACUGUGUAGCUAUUUUGCUCGUGCUGCAGCAUCCAAUAUAGUAAACUCCCGUGUGUAAGAACCUAGAAUUUUUGGGUUCAGGCUGAAUGGGUUCUUAUAUUUUGGGGUAGUUUUUCCGAACUCAGGCUGAUUAAGUUCUUAGUAGGUUCUUAUUUGUAGGAGUUGUCAUAGUGAUACCAUUCAGAGAACUACUGCAGUACUAGUAUGUCAUAAUGGUUGAACAUUUGUAUUUUAACAGCAAAAAUGCCAAGCCUUAUUUUUUAAACAAUAAUAAAUUCAGUAUCAUAGGCUACCAUAUUUACAGUUGUAUUUGUUAAUAAUGUAAAUUGUUAACAGCAAUAUAAAUAUAUAAUUAAAAACAGCAAAAAUAAAUAACAACCCAAUUUAGGGAAUUAUAAUUGAACCAAUUUGAAAAUAAUCAAAUAUAAGUUCUGAUGGUGUUUCUCAGAAAUUUCACAAUUUCUAUCAAUUAAAAUCCAGUAUUUUGGCUACAAAAUAAGAGUGUUUUUUUGUAUAAGAACCUAUUGUUCUUUGCUAGCCUAAAUAGGUUCUUAUAUAUUUGGUUACUAAAAUGCCCAAUUUCAGCCUGUAGGUUCUUAAAUCACUAGGUUCUUAUACGCGGGUGUUUACUGUACCCGAUAAAUUCAAUAAAAGAAUCUUCGGUCAUUUGACGCCUUACCGGCUCCUGACACUUCCGUUAAAAAAAAAUCGCUUAAAUUAUAUUUUUAUCGUAAUCUGCAUUUAGUAACCUUUCUUCUGAUAUAGAGUUUGCCAGGAUUUUAGUGAAACUAGCGUGCGUACAAAUUUUUUCCUGAAAGACAGCCGCAAAGGUGGGAAGUAACCUUGAUAUAAACUUAAAUUUAUUUUAAACUGUUCCGAGAUGCAAACUUUUUUAGAAAAGCGAUGCUCGAGGAAAACUGUCAGCGUCGAGAAAUGAAAUUUCCUAUUGCUUUCGUUCGAUUAGGGACAUUGAAAUUGUCAAUGGGAAAUGUUAUGGCUCUGAUUGAGUCUUUCGAUCCCGACAAUGAUCCUCUUCGAAUUUAUUCGCAAUGAAAGUAGUGCUAACUACACUAUAAGUAUGCACCUUUUUACAAUAUAGACCUUUCUUAUUUCUCAGGACAUCACAUCAGUGUCAGGAAUAGGAUGAGGUUCCCACUAAAUCAAGGAAUUCAAGGGAAGAAAGGAAAACAAAACAAUUUUCAAAAA